GGGCUGUGCGAAGCCACCGCCUCCCUUUUCUCCCCCAGGGCCUCGGGGUUCGGCAGCAAGCUACCGAGAUCGGGACGCCGCGGGAGGCCGAGGGCUUUUUAAAUUCAGACCCUUCCUCGGUCUCGGUUCGCCAGAGGCAACACUCAGUCAGAGACUCAGGCUGGCUAAGAAGAGUGAAGUCCGAGAGGUCUGCCUAACUCCGGCCCAGACGCUCCAUCGGCUGGCCCGGCUCCGCGCCCCGUAUGCGUGGAUCGUUGCUGGUGACGACCGCAAACUCCUAGGCCCCCAAACGAGAGGAGCGGAAAACCACAGGCUCGGAAACGGACCGCCCGUAACUGACUGAGCUCCUGGCGGGACCCGCGGCCCUCACCAGCGGCUAGGGAGCGCGGCGCUCCGCAGGCUGCCGCGGCGCGGCUUCCGGGCCUGGCGGAGCGCGCUCCCUCCCGGCCCGGAGCUCGAGCUCGGCCUCUACCACCUGUGCCCGGGGGAAGGGGGGAAGCGGCGGCCCCUUCCGGCCUUCGCGUUUUCCGGAGAGCUGCAGCUCCACAACUCUUGCCUUAGCUUGGCGCCCAAAAGAGCUACUACCGUCGUUACAAAAUCACGGCAAUCACAUUCCGCGCCCGGUUCGCGCCUAAAACCAGGAGUGACUAAGCCUCCCUCCCGCUCCUGCCCCGCCCCGCCUCCAACUACGGCCCCGCCCCGAGGGGCGGGACGCCGGAAUAGCCCCUUUCUCCCGCCAUUUUUCGAUUGGUUUCGGUUUUUUCCCCAGGAUCCGCUAACCUGGCCCCGUAUCCUGGCCCGGCGGAUCCAACCGAAGCUCACAAGUGCCCCUAGAGUGGGGCUGUGAAUGAGCUCGAGUCUCUCGGGGAGAAGGGGACUAACAUGCUCUCUCACAAGAAGAGGCCGGCCGAAGUUCACUGCGAUCAGUGGGUGCUCGUAGCACCAGAAUCUGUUACUGAUCUUCCAGGAAAGACUGAAAAUGGACCUGUGUUUACAAGACUGCAUAAUCCAUGUACAGGGGAAGCAGCCCUUUACUUGUUCGAUACCAAUGCGCAGCAGCUGUUUGAAGUAAAAGCUUUCCAUGAAGACUACCAUUCUUGGUUUAUAGAUCAGACCGUUCAGCAUGAUGGUCGUCUUUUACUUGUAACACCAAUGGAUCCUUUGUUUAUGGUUCUAUACUACCUUAUAAAGGCUGAGAAAGAGCAAGGGAAGUUUCAGCCACUGGAUCAGAUUGUGAUAGAUGCAGACUUUCCUAGCUGUUCCAUGCUGUUGCAGUGUGCCAAACUCAAAUCAUUUCUUCACCAUGUGACAGAUGAAAAAGAAAUUGGAAAUAAGAAGUUUUAUAAGUACAACAAAGAGAAAACAUUGAAAUGGCUGAAUAAAAAGGUGGAUCAGACUGUGAGAGCUUUAAAAAUUGGCAAUGUAAAUGUAGGUCCCCGAGUACAAUCCACUACAUUUAUCUCAGGUGGCCAAGGCUCUGAUGUCAAAGAAGAGGAUUACAUCCGUUAUGCUCAUGGCCUAAUAUCAGAAUAUAUACCUAAGGAAUUAAGUGAAGACUUGGCUAAAUACUUAAAGCUUCCAGAACUUUCCACUUCAUUGCCUGAGCCUCCAUUAAAGUCCUUCUUUAACCCCUCCAAUUCCAUGUCUUAUGGUUUGUCAACGAAAGCUGAAAAGAAAAGGAAGGCAUCAGACGGCCCUGUAGAAGCUGAGGAAGACUACACUAAGUUUAACAGUAUAGACCUGAAGACUAAAAAGACAAAUAGCAAAAUGACUGCAGCUCAGAAGGCUCUGGCUAAAGUUGACAAGAGUGGAAUGAGAAGUAUUUCCACCUUUUUUGGCACAAAAACUAAAGCAGGAAAAUAAAGAUAUUAAAGCCUUUUUAAAAUCUAGAUGAACUUUUUCUGGUGUUUUUAUAUCUAUUCAUCUAUCUCUCUGUCUACCCUGUCCCCAUUCCCCCUUUUCCAAUAAAAUAAAAUAUGAUAUCUCAGAAGA